ACAGCUUUGGCAAUUACUUAAGCAAUUCAUGUUCUUGUUGCACUCAUAUGCCCUAAAGGUCAUCUGCAACAUGCUGCUUUGUGGGCGAAUCUGGUAAAUUGCAACGCAAUCAAAGUGAAGCCCAAGGAUAAUGCAGCGAGCAUCGAACUAAUGCAAUUACGGCAAAGGACGCUUGAGCACAUCGCAAGGACUUUUUGUUGCGAAAUUAAACCGAGAGCCAAAAUCUGCGACUUUUGUCUGCGUUUUUCAAUUCAAAUUCAAUUUCGAUGCGCUUGCCAAUUGCCAUGGCAAAGCUGGCAAAGCAACUGCCCGCCCCAUCCUGCUGCGCCUCGAAGGCAGCAACUACACUGAGCAUAAACAUGAGUUCGAAAUUAUGGCAAUGCGCUGUUCUCCCUGCUCCUGCUGCUGCGCCUUUUGCUGCUACUCCUGCUACUGCUACUGUUCCUACUCCUGCUUCCACUCCUGCUUCUGCUCUUGUUGCUCUUGCUACUUCUCCAGCUGCUGCACCUACUUUUGAUCCUUCUCCCACUCCGACUGCUGCUUCUGUUACGGCUCCUACUCCUGCUCCUGCCCCUGCUCAUGCUCUUGCUACUUCUCCCACUUCUGCUUCUACUUUUGAUCCUUCUCCCACUUCUGCUAGGGCUCCUACUCCUGCUGCUGCUCCUGCUCGUGCUCCUUCUCCCAUUCUGCUCCGUUUCUUGCCACUGCUCCUGCUCCUACUCCUGCUCCUGCUCUCUGCCCUUUAGCUACCGACGAGGCAGCUUUGCUUUGGCAAGUUCAUAGAAGGCUUCGUAAAGCUAAUCUAAAUUCGAGGGUCAACUGACUCUCAUCGAUGGCCAAUGAUGAAGAGCUUGUGUUCCAGGGCUCCUAAAGUCCUUCAUCGGGUAUGAUCUACAAGUCAAUCAUCACUCGAGUGUUUGCCUGACAAUAUGUGAGACGUCUUAACGCCAGGAAAGCAAAGAUUUCUGCAUUUCCAAUUCGUAAUAGCUCGGCAUGAAAUUGGAAUUCGUUAUGCUAAGACUUAAAGCGAGGCGAACUAGAUUUGAACCUGCAGUUGCUUCAGUUCUUAGCUGCAUCUCAGGCCGUUAAGCAGCAUGAAAGCCGUUCAGAUUGCACUUUUAAGCUGGCUUCUUAUAGGUCAAGGCAGCUGCAAUGAAACUUUAUCAGAGGUAGAUCGGAUCGACUCCUUCGAUAAAUGUCAAAUUGCGCUCAAUGCCGUAGCGAGUCCCAGCGAGCAGCUAAGGCAACAGAACGAUGUGCUGCAGUACCUCAAAGAGUUGAUAAAUAACAAAUAUCCCACAUGGGCUGCAGCGGAACCGAAGCAGUUCCAGGAGGUUGGCUCAAAGCUGUACUACGUCGAAGAAGACAAUAAGCUCAACUGGUUUACCGCCUCCGAUGUGUGCUCAUCGAUGGGUGCCCAUUUGGCCUACUUUAAGGACGGCGCUGAAUAUGAGGCGCUGAGCAAUCAUUUAUUAAAUUUGACCCUGAGCAAAUCGAAAGAUGCGCGAUUCUGGAUGGACGUGAACGACAUCUGUGCUCCAGGUGCAUACACAUCCCUGACGACAGGUAAAAAUAUAUCCUAUGCCUAUUGGGAGACUAAUCGGCCGGAUAACUUCGACGACGAACACUGCGUGGAGCUGCGGAUCAAACAGAAAAGAUUCGUCAUGAAUGACAUCAAAUGCUUGAGCGAAAAGUAUUUCAUCUGCCAGAAGGAAAAGCAGAAGUAAUCGAGGUGUA